AUGCCGCGUCGACGUAGAAAGUCGAGCGGCCUUGGCCAUGACAUCCACGCCGGCGACACGGGCGCACCGAGUCUGGGGACUGGUCUUGCCAGUGUCCACUCCUCCGCUUCCUCGGCGACGUCCUCGAAUGGCCACGUACAAGAGAAGGAUGCCCUGAAGAAACUCUCCAAGCGCCGAAAGGCACGUUCGUUCCUGCACAGGUGCAAGCACUUCGCCGUCAAACACACAUGUACCAUACCGCUGGUGCUCCUGCUCUGCUUUUUUGCUCUGUACGCCGUUAAUCCGACCGAAUCCAACGUCGUGCACCACUUUAUUUUCCUCUCGUACAAAUUGCCCCUCGAAGCGGGCGCUGCCCCCGACACGCCUCCGCAAUAUGGUAAGGGUCUCUGGGAUAUCGCCUUCGUCAGCUUCUACAUUGUGGUUCUGUCCUUCACCCGCGAGUUCAUCAUGCAAGAGCUCCUACGUCCCCUGGCCCGAUUCUGCCAACUCAAGUCGCGUGGCAAGCAGGCACGCUUCAUGGAGCAGAUGUACACGGCUAUAUACUUUGGUAUCAUGGGACCGGCCGGCAUGUACGUUAUGAGCCGGACGCCCGUAUGGUACUUCAACACACGGGGCAUGUACGAGGGCUUCCCGCACAAGACACACGAGGCUGUGUUCAAGUUCUAUUACUUGUUCCAGGCUGCCUACUGGGCGCAGCAAGCCAUCGUCCUACUCCUAGGCAUGGAGAAGCGACGCAAGGACUUCAAGGAGCUCGUGGGGCACCACAUCGUCAGCUUGGCCCUGAUUGCUCUCAGCUACCGAUUCCACUUCACAUACAUGGGCAUUGCCGUCUACACCACGCAUGACAUUAGCGAUUUCUUCCUUGCAACUUCCAAGACGAUCAACUACAUCGACAGCAUUUUUGUCGCACCAUACUUCUUCCUCUUCAUGUGUGUGUGGAUUUACAUGCGCCACUACCUGAACCUUCGCAUUCUUUGGUCGCUCUUUACCGAGUUCAAGACGGUUGGCCCUUAUGAGCUCAACUGGGAGACCCAACAGUAUAAGUGUCUGCUGUCUAAUGUCAUCACUGGCGGUCUUCUAUCCGCCCUCCAAGCCCUCAACCUAUUCUGGCUCUUUUUCAUCCUUCGCAUUGCGUACAGCUUUGUCGUGCACAAAACGGCGGAUGACGAGCGAUCUGAGGCCGAGGAGUCGGAACUCGAGGAGCUGGAGCUUAAGAAGCAGAAGACUUUGGCUGUGGAGAACAAGGGCGAGGCGGCGCCUUUGAUCGAUGGCAAUGGACUCGCCAAGGCUACUGCAAACGGGGCGACGAAAUCGCCUGUUUUGAACAAGAAAAACUCCCGGUAG